CUAUCAGUCUGGAGCUCACCGCCUGACUGAGGAGGUGAAAGUUGCGCCACAGGGAGAUAAACCGCAAAAGACAAUAUUGCAUGUAUACAUGAUUCUGCGUGUGCAUCGGGUGAGUGGUAUAGGGGAAUUCCUCGCGUCUUAGAAAGUAAACAGAAAAUCGGUGGAUUUGGAGAGUUUUGCUCAGUCGAGUGAGGGUCCAAGAGAUAGAGAGAGAGAGAGAGGGGGAGGAAGAAUAUCUGUGCGUGAUUUUUUGAUUUCUGCUCUCAGUCGUCUCGGCGAGUCUAGACUGAAGAUGCUCCUGGACGCAGGACCGCAGUAUCCCACCAUAGGAGUCACUACUUUCGGCUCCUCGCGGCAUCACUCAACAGGCGAAGUCACGGAGAGAGAGGUGGCGUUGGGGAUAAAUCCGUUCGCGGAUGGGAUGGGCGCCUUCAAAAUAAACCACAGCUCCCACGACAUCGGCUCCGGACAAACGGCGUUUUCCUCCCAGGCGCCCGGCUACGCGGCUGCCGCCCUGGGACACCACCACCACCCGACCCACGUUGGCUCUUACUCCACGGCGGCGUUCAACUCCACCAGGGACUUUCUCUUCAGAAAUCGGGGUUUCGGGGACGCCGCCGGGGCGCAGCACAGUUUGUUCGCCUCCGGAAGUUUCGCAGGGCCACAUGGACACUCGGAUGCGGCGGGGCACCUGCUCUUCCCGGGGCUGCACGAGCAAGCGGCGAGCCAUGCGUCUUCCAACGUGGUCAACAGCCAGAUGCGGCUGGGCUUCUCGGGGGACAUGUACGGACGGGCCGACCAGUACGGCCAUGUUACGAGCCCCCGGUCCGACCACUACGCCUCGACCCAGCUGCACGGCUACGGCCCCAUGAACAUGAAUAUGGCGGCACACCACGGAGCCGGGGCCUUCUUCCGAUACAUGAGGCAGCCCAUCAAGCAAGAGCUCAUCUGCAAGUGGAUCGAGCCGGAGCAGCUGACGAACCCCAAAAAGUCGUGCAACAAAACUUUUAGCACGAUGCACGAACUGGUGACCCAUCUGACGGUGGAGCAUGUGGGGGGGCCGGAGCAGACCAACCACAUCUGCUUCUGGGAGGACUGCGCCCGAGAGGGGAAGCCGUUCAAAGCCAAAUACAAACUUGUGAAUCAUAUCAGGGUACACACCGGAGAGAAGCCGUUUCCGUGUCCGUUCCCCGGAUGUGGCAAAGUGUUCGCUCGAUCGGAAAAUCUAAAAAUUCACAAAAGGACUCACACCGGUGAGAAGCCGUUUAAGUGUGAGUUUGAAGGCUGCGACAGAAGGUUUGCAAACAGCAGCGACCGCAAGAAACACAUGCACGUGCACACGUCGGACAAGCCCUAUCUGUGCAAAAUGUGCGACAAGUCGUACACACACCCCAGCUCCCUACGGAAACACAUGAAGAAGGUCCACGAGUCCACCAACCCGGGCCCGCAGCCGUCUCCAGCGGCCAGUUCAGGGUAUGAGUCGUCCACACCCCCCACCAUAGUGUCCCCGUCUACAGAGAACCAGAGCAGCAGCUCCAUAUCACCAGCAGCCUCAGCAGUGCACCACACGAGCAGCCACAGCACGCUGACGUCAAAUUUCAAUGAAUGGUACGUGUAAAUAUUUUUGAAAAGAGAGAGAGAGAGAGAGAGAAAAAAGACUGAUGCAGAUUUUAAAAAAAGACACUGCUUGGAAUCAAAAAGACUUUUGAGAAACAUGGACUGAGAGAAGCCGGGGGAGGCCCAAUCGAUCAUGUUAAAGGCUGUCUUAUUGUGAAAGAGAGAGAAUUGCAUGGACAAAAAAAGGAGGCAAAGGACGAGAAGUUAAACUUUUUUCCUCGAUAUUUCUUUAUUUUUACCGAGAGACUGUUCAAUAAGAGAUCUCAAACACAGCAUGCAAUCUGCGGGCCAUGAAUUUUUUGUACAUAAGGAUUUCACCAACAUUGGGGGAAAUGUAAUAUUUUAUUUUGUAAAUAUCACAGUUUAAGGGAAAAUCUGUGAAAAUGUGGUCCCUAGAUAUAUGGAAAAAUGAGAUGGUUUUAAAGAAUAUCGCGAAUCAUUGAAAAAGAAUGUUAUAGUUGUGAACCAAAUGUGAAUUAUUCAGUAUUACUACAGUCUACACGUCGACCUAACCGACUCUUAGUAUUAAUGUGCUUUUGUAGACUAUUCAGUGCAACAUUUUCGUCCAAGGUCCAGUUUGAGUAGCACAGUAUCAUUGUUGUUAUUUAAUGUCAUGUCGAUAACUCGUGUAGUGGAAGCCUGAAAUUCCGUGUCAACCUGUUUAUGUACGUGAUAAAUAUAAAAAAAAAAAAUCUCUGUCAAUUGCUUUGUCUGAAAGGAAGUAUUAUUAUUAUUAUUAUUACAUGUAAAGUAGCUCAAUUUUCCAUAUUUAUCCGCAUGUAAAGGAACCGGUAACAUGUUAGAAAUGAUCGGUAUUUAUGGAGAAAUGCGCUCGUAUGUAAAAUUUAGUUUACAAAAAAAUGUUUGGAUACAUUUCGUACUAUAUUAAAGGAUUAAAAAAAAAUACCAUCA